CCUUGAGCUCCAAACCACUGGGGCGUCUUCUGCAACCCCGUUUGCCCUCCUCAGUUGCAGAACUCGUCCUCCCCAAACAGACGAUCUCUCUCUCUAUGUCUCUCUCUUUCUCUCCUGCUUUAUUUCUUCCCUCCGAAGUCUGAUUGUUUUCUGUUUCUUUGGGCAUUCAAUCUUUCCCAUCCUUAUUUCCUGGUUUUUCUCAAUUUUUUUCUUCUUUCCCGAAAUUCCCAUUGAUUUUAAAACUAUAUAAAUAAUCUGGUGGAGGGAUGGUUUCCGCAAACCGGGAGAUGGUGGUCUACUGCUUCGACACACUGGUUGCCCAUUACAAUAGCGAGCAAGCGCCUCCCCCGGCCUUCGAAGAGGGCCGCCAUCCAUUGUUUGUCACUUGGAAGAAAGUAAUCAAUGGUGGGGAACCUCGGUUGCGUGGCUGCAUUGGAACUUUGGAAGCACGGUGCUUGAUCACUGGAUUCAGGGAUUAUGCUUUAACUAGUGCACUGAGAGACCGUCGGUUCCCUCCCAUACAGGCCAAAGAAUUGCCUUACUUAGAAUGUACAGUUUCCAUUCUGACUGAUUAUGAACCUGCUCUACACUAUCUUGAUUGGGAGAUUGGGAAGCAUGGUUUGAUAAUAGAAUUUAUUGAUCCGGACAACAUUAGGCGAAGUGCAACUUACUUGCCUGAGGUGCCUGCUCAGGAAGGAUGGACUAAGAUUCAGACGAUCGAUUCUCUGAUGCACAAAGCGGGUUAUAAUGGUGCGAUCACUGAGUCACUUCGCAAGCGAGUGCGCUUGACCCGCUACCAGAGCACGCUUUUUACAAUGCACUUUAGCGACUAUGCCUCCUAUGUCAAAAGAAUAAGAGGGCAAGCUCCAGCAGUUGGUUCCAAGGCCCUCCGUUGAUACGCGAUCUUCUCUUCGCAAUGAACUUGCGAACCUCUGUUUACCAAACAUUUGAUUUAUGUGGGGAGUGUCUUAUUUCGUGCUCCUCCUACCUGUCUCUGCUCAUGCCUUCAAUUGUUGUGAAGAACUUCUCCGUGUGAUGAAGGCAUGGAAAAAAUCUGACGUUUAGACUUUUAAAAGUAUUUAUUUAGAGCCCCAUUCUGUGGGUUCUAAACAAAAUUAUCGAUGCUAAUUGUUUGUCAUAUUCCA